AUGUCGUCCUCAGAAGAAAACAGCCAAGACGGCAACCCCCUGGGGACUGCAGAAGUCGAACCUGAAGGCAGUGCUGCUACUGUCGCUGCUGCUUCUGGAGAUGGAAAUGAUGCUGGUUCCCAGGCCGGUGGCGAGGGGGCCGAUGGGGCAAGUUCUGGCUCCCCGGAUGAGGAUACGGGAGUAGACAACGACCCAGCAGUAGCAGUAACGGCAGCAUCAGGAGAGACAGAGUCUAACAGCACAGAAACAACGGGUCCCCUUGAAGACGCUGUGAGCAGGGGCAGCAGCGGCGAGGCCUCAGGACCAGCUGCCGUUGGCGUAGGAUAUGCUGAUGAAGCAGCAGCAGAUGAUGGCGAUGAUGUAGCAGAAGCAGCAGCCGAUGAGGGUGAAGCAGAAGCAGCAGGAGCAGCAGCAGAUGAUGACGAUAAUGAUGAUGAUGAUGAUGAUGAUGCUGUUGGAGUCGUACGGGAUGAUGUUGGGGCAGCCGUCGCAGAUGACGCUGAUGACGCAGCAGCAACUCGUGCAGCAGCAGUAGCGGAUGAUUAUGAUGCCGAAGUAGAAGAUGGCCCAGCAGCAGGAGGUGAUGACGGUGGAGCAGAAACAGCAGAAGAUGGUGAUGAUGCAGGUCCAGCAGCAGAUGACCAACCAGCGGCAGAUGUUAAUGACGAUGUAGCGGCAGCCGCAGGGCCAGACGGGGAUGCCGUUAACUUAGAGACGGAAGGUCUCGAGCAGUCGGCAGCAGCAGAUGGGGGAAACGCCGUUGUCUUAGACAUGCAAGGGGCGGAUGCAACUGCAGGAUCAGGAGAAGAAAGCGCUGUUGCCUUAGAUGCAGGUGGGGUGGAUGCACUUGCUGGAGCAGCAACCGCAGCAGCAACAGCAGCAAGAAUGAGUGGUUCUGCUGCUUCUGGUGAAACGUCUGGGGGCCUCUGCAGGCGCAGUCUGCAGCCCACAAGGUCAGGCACUCGGGAAGCAGCAGCUGUUGCUGCAGUAGGCGCUUCUGCUCCUGCUGCUACUGCUGAUGGAAGCAGCAGCACUAUCGGUGUGGUGGUUCCAAAAGGAGGCAGCGGCAGCCUCCUCUCUUGGCAAUCCGGCGGGAGCUCGGAUGUCCCACCGGAGCUUACAGACGAAGCGCUUGAAGAUAAAAGAAGAGAUAAAAGUGCACUGACUCCUCCAUAA